AUGCAGCCCUUUGCCCGUCCUGCGGCGAGGCUUGCCUGGGGUCACGCUCGACUGGGGUUCGAUCUGUCGACGAGGCCGGGCAGGUCAAGAUCCCUCGUCCAGAACCCGGCAAUAUGUGUGCGGUGCAGUAUACAAGCCAUUGGCCUCCAGCCAAGGCUUUUCUCCAACCAGACACCACCCAACGGCUCAGGAAAGGGCUCAGGCUCAGGCUCGAGGACCGAUAAGGAAAUCGAGGGACCCAGGGCAGAACGACUAAGGCUAGGCCACCCGAACUUCGAGAAACCUGCAGAGGAGGAAGAGAAGCCUCACACUUUGAGAGUGGAAGCGAAAACCGAAAAUGAGAAGCCGAACGAAACCGCUCAACCGCAAGAAACUCGCUCAAGAGCCGAGGCCCUCCGAAAAUUGGCGUAUGCUCAACUCGGCGAGUUGAAGGAAAAGUUUGCCAGUGCAAUGGACACUUUGCAAAACCGGGCGAUGAAUGCCUCCCAGACCCUCAACGAUAUUACCGGCUACACUAGCAUCGAGUCCAUCAAGCGUCAGAACGCCGUGAUAGAGACACAGCUGGCCGAGGCGCACGACCGAGUCCGCAACGCCCGCCAGGCAUACAAGACAUCCAACGCAAGCCGCGCUGCCACACAGCGAGAGGUUACAACAUUAUUAGCGCGGAAGGAUAGCUGGUCUCCCGGGGACCUGGAGCGAUUUACCGAGCUUUACCGGGCAGACCACGUACUUGAAGGAGAGGUCGUCGCCUCCCAAGAAACACUUACAGAGGCUGAAGCCGACGAGCAGAGCUUGAGUAUGCGUCUCAAUGCAGGCAUGCUGAAGCGGUAUCAUGAGGAACAGAUUUGGAGUGACCGGAUCCGGAGAGCAAGUACCUGGGGCACAUGGGGCCUAAUGGGCAUGAACUUUGUGCUCUUUGUCGUCCUACAGUUUGUGGCAGAGCCCUGGAAGCGACGGAGGUUGGUCAAGGGCGUUGUUGCCGAGGAAAAGGCUGUGCUUGAGGAGGUUCGAGGCGAGCUGGAGCAGGUCAAGCUCGCGAUCGAGAAGCGGGAUCAGCUUGCAGCAGCUGAAGCCCUGACCGGAGCUGUCAAGGCAACGGACUCUCCUGCGGAGGCCGCGGCAUCCGGAGAGGCAGUGGCCGCCGAAGGCUUCAUGUCAACCAAGACAACACAGACUACAGAUCCCGUUAAACCAGCGGUGGCAACACCAAUAGAAAAGCCCACAGCACCACCAAAGACAUGGGAAGAGAUGCUGGAGGAGCUGAAGGACCCCGAGUGGUGGAAAGAAAAGGCAGAGGACCUGUGCAGCGAGCGACGAAUAGACCUGCGCAUGAGAGACGCCUCGCUGUUGGCGCUCGAGGGAGCGUUGGCGGGAGCGUUUUUGACAGCAAGCUUCAUGAUGCUUGUGAGAUGA